AUGGACGAAGAAAAUUCUGAAAUGCCACAAUUAGAUAAUACCGUGCGUAGUCGCAUACGAAGAUUUUUUUCCGCUAAACGUUUAUACGAAUGUCUACAACCGUUACUCUUUCUCACCUAUUGGCAUGGGCUAACGCCUUUCUAUAUAAAAAGUAACUCCAAAGGUGUCAAGUAUUUAAAACAUUCCAUUUGGGGUUACAUCAAUGUCGGUGUCCAUAUAGUGAUCUAUAGUGUUUGUUACAUUUUAACUUUGAUGAAUGAUUGUGAAACGGUGGCGGGAUAUUUUUUUCGUUCGCGCAUUACACAUUUCGGUGAUUUUCUACAGAUUCUAAGUGGUUUUAUUGGCGUGACAGUGAUUUAUCUUACGGCCAUAAUACCCAAACAUUAUGUUCAGCGUAGUUUGGAAAUUAUGCAAACUAUGGACGAUCAAUUGCAAGGUGUCGGCAUUAAGAUAAUGUACAGCAAAGUUUUACGUUUCAGUUAUAUUUAUAUUUUGUGUAUGGUAUCGGCAAAUUUGGGUUAUACGAUUUUUAGUUUCCAAUUGUUGAAAUCGGCCAAUGAGACGCCUUCGGCUUCGUUGCAUGUAACCUUUGUGCUGCAACAUACAGUGGUGUUGUUUGCCUUGGCCAUGUAUUCAUGUUUUACGAAAAUGAUUGAAAUGCGUUAUAAUAUGAUGCACAGGUGCAAAAAAAGUGCUGUCUAA